CAUAAACAAAGUUUGUUUUGGUCCGAUUUUUAUGAAAAAAAAAAUUAAAAUUUGAAUCAAAAAAGGAUUUUUUUAAAGAAAAUUUGAAAUGUCGGAAGAUUAUAAGGAGCUUUGUCGUCUUUGUUUGGAACCGAAUCCGGAAUUCAGUAUUUACGAAGAUCGAAUAUCAACGAAAAUUGGAAUUUUGUUAACAGUCGAAAUCGAUCCCGAAUGUCCCGAAUUUCCCACAAAAAUCUGCCUAAAAUGUCGGAUCAGCUUGGAAAAACUCUACAUUUUUCGAAUUCAAAGCCUAGAUGUCGACACAAAACUCCGAGAAGCCAUUUACGGCUCUGAAAAUACCAAAGAAAGAUGCGACGAAGCAAUUUCCUUCCUUAAGCAGUAUGACACAUCACAAGAACACGAUUACGGGACCGAAAAAAGACUUCCACAACUCACGACAAGCGAUGAAGAAUACGCCAGCAUUGAAAAAACGGUCCAACAAGCCUUGCAUCAAAACAACUAUUUUGGCGAUUUCGUGCUAAAAAUCGAAGAAAUCGAAGGAAAUGGGCUCCGAAAGGUCCGCGUGAUCAAAGAUAAUGGCGCCAACAUCAUCAUGAAGAUCCGCAUGCCCGAUUCUUUCCUACAAAAAAAGAAAAAAAUCAUUUCGAAGCAGGAAUCUCUGAACAAAAUCCUCGAAAAGUGCGAAAAUAUCGAAACGACACAACAAAAAAUCACACAAAGUAUUAAAAAAACCGAAAAUUUCGUCACAAAUAUCCAUUCGUGGGUCCAAAGCCAAAAAACGGACUGUGACGGGAUUGAAUUUAUCGACGCGGAAGCAGAAAAUGACGAACCAAAGGACCCGAAUGCCCCCUUUGAGUUGCCAAUCAACAGUUUAAGUGAGUUAUGGCGACUCAAUAUGAGGAUUAAAGACCCCGAAGUGCGAGCUGCGAUGGAUUUGGAGCUGCUGAAGGUCGAACCGCAUCCAGGAAUGAGGAUAAUUGGAAGAGUUUUGCGCGCCGUUAUCGAUAACGAGAUGCUGGGGAAGCUUUGUUGGAGCGGCAAGAUCAAAAUUGAACACAAAUACCUGAAAUUAGAGGAGAAAAUUAUGUUAUCGAAGAUGAAAAAUUUAGUGGAUUACCUGCUGGAUGUGUGUCAGUCGAAAGAGGGAACGCCAAUAAGUGUUUUUCAUGCCACUGUUAUGAAUAUUAUUCGGAAAGCGAGGGCUAAGAGAGGCAAAAACGAGGAUGCAAACUAUUCCGAUGUCGCCGAAUAUCAAGGACAAUACCUGAACGAAGAAGAUUUUUUGAACGAUGCCGACGAAAUUGAUUGAUAAAAAAAACUUAUUUAAUG